AUGGCCACCAACGCCUCCUGCUGCGGGCUGGGGGUCCCGCCCGCGACCCCCGCCGCCAACCAGAGCAGCAGCUUCUGCCAGCAGGUGUUCAUCCAGCCCGAGGUCUUCCUGGGGCUGGGCCUGGUCAGCCUGCUGGAGAACGUCCUGGUGGUGGCCGCCGUGGCCAGCAACGCCAACCUGCACUCGCCCAUGUACUUCUUCCUGUGCAGCCUGGCCGUGGCCGACAUGCUGGUCAGCCUGUCCAACGCGCUGGAGACGGUGGUCAUCGCGGCGGUCAACGGGCGCUACCUGGCCUGGGACGACCGGGUCCUGCAGCAGAUGGACAACGUCUUCGACUCCAUGAUCUGCAUCUCGCUGGUGGCCUCCGUGUGCAACCUGCUGGCCAUCGCCGUGGACAGGUACGUGACCAUCUUCUACGCGCUGCGCUACCACAGCAUCAUGACCGCGCGCCGGGCGGCCGCGGUCAUCGCGGCCAUCUGGGCGGGCUGCGGCGUCUGCGGCGUGGUCUUCAUCGUCUACUCGGACAGCAAGACGGUGGUGCUGUGCCUGGUGGCCCUGUUCCUGGCCAUGCUGCUGCUCAUGGCCACGCUCUACGUCCACAUGUGCCUCUUCGCGCGCCUGCACGCCCGGCGCAUCGCCGCGCUGCCCCCCGCGCGCGCCCCUGCGGACGCCGCCGCCGCCGCCGCCGCCCCGCGCCCCUGCUCGCGCCUCAAGGGCGCCCUGACCGUCAGCCUCCUGCUGGGCGCCUUCCUGCUCUGCUGGGGCCCCUUCUUCCUGCACCUGCUGCUCAUCAUCGCCUGCCCCAAGCACCCCGCCUGCGUCUGCUACACCGCCCACUUCAACGCCUACCUGGUCCUCAUCAUGUGCAACUCGGUCCUCGACCCGCUCAUCUACGCCUUCCGCAGCCCCGAGCUGCGCAAGACCUUCACCCACAUCCUCUGCGGCUGCAGCGGCCUCCACCUGGGCUGA